AUGUCCCAGUCAACACUCGCUGAUUACUCUAUCUUAAAUUUAAUCAUUCCAGCCACCACUUCAUUCCCCCGGCAAACAACGCACACAAUAUAUGUGCGUCCGCAUGAACCGAAAAUUCAGAGCGAGGAUGAUUCACGAAGCCUAUUCCUCGUGAAUCUUCCUAUAGACAGUACUCAAUCGCAUCUUCGAGCCGUUUUCGCAUCACUCGUUGGAGCCGGCCGGUUUGAGUCGAUUUUAUUUGAAACUAAAGAGAAAAAGAGAACUAUUAAUAGCGAACCCGCUUCCACCAAUACGAACGCCAAGAAGCGCAAAUGGACGAACAAUGUCGAAUCUACCGAUGUGGAAGAGCUGCCUAAAACUUGGGAUAGAGAAUUGAGAAAGAGCGGGGCGUCAGCCGUCGUACUGUUAGUUGACGAGAAAAGUGUAGAGUAUACUCUCAAGAAAAUUCAGAAGUUGCAUAAGAAGCAAAAAUUGAUGCAAACACCCGAAAAAGUUUGGCCAAUAUGGGGCGAAGGAGUAUCAUCUAAUAUUCCACCGCUUGGCAGUGCCCGUUACCUCUCACAUCAUUCAUUGCGAUACCCAGCUCACAACGAAAUUCAGCAAAAUGUGGAUAACUUCAUGACAGAAUUUAACGCCCGCGAGGAGGCACGGCAUAGACUGAAUAAGAAGAAUCGGAAUGAACCAGAUGACGAUGGAUUUGUGACAGUAUCGCGAGGCGGAAGAACUGGCCCGGCAAGGAAAGAAGUCGUUGAGGAGAGAAUGGCUAUACUACAGGAGCGGGAGAAAAAGAAGGCUGAAGCAAUGGAGAAGACAGGCUUUUACCGUUUUCAGGGUCGAGAAAAAAGAAAAAAAGAAGCUGAAGAUCUUGUUCACCGCUUUCAAGAAGAUCAGAAAAAGGUUCAAGCUCUUCGCCACAAGAAGGGCCAGUCUGGCUUCAAACCUGAAGAAUGA